GCGCGGGUACUGACAGCUCGGCUGCUUCAACCGGAGAAGCUCUCCAUGCCACAACAGACCGAAGCCGUGCGCGCUGCCUCACCACACCGGUCAAAUGCGGCUUUAUUUCCUUACAACUUUCACAACUGACACUCAUGUCUCCGCCAGGCUACUGUCGGUAACGCUACACUGAGUUGAAAAUCCAGUGCUUUGAUUUCGUGCUCAGUGCAAAAACGGCAUUUUCUGUCAAACGACUAUGGUUUCGCAGUGGAGUUAUAUCAAACCUCUUUGCAUUAAAGUGUGGAUCUGUCUUCUCAGCUGUGCUGCGUUGAGGACACUCAGUAUACCAAAUAAUGAAGUGAAUUUACUGGAUUCUCGGUCUGUGAUGGGUGACGACGGAUGGAUAGCCUACCCAAAGAACGGGUGGGAAGAGAUCGGAGAGGUGGAUGAGAACUACGCCCCCAUCCACACGUACCAGGUGUGCAAAGUGAUGGAGCACAACCAGAACAAUUGGCUGCAGACCAACUGGAUCCUGAAUGAGGGGGCGCAGCGUGUGUUUGUGGAGCUCAAGUUCACGCUGCGCGACUGCAACAGCCUGCCCGGCGGCCUGGGCACCUGCAAGGAGACCUUUAACAUGUACUACUACGAGUCCAACGACGAGGAGGGCCGCAUGGUGCGCGAGAGCCAGUACACCAAGAUCGACACCAUCGCCGCUGACGAGAGCUUCACCGAGCUGGACCUGGGUGACCGGGUCAUGAAGCUGAACACGGAGGUGAGGGACGUCGGCCCGCUGACCAAGAAGGGCUUCUACCUGGCCUUCCAAGACCUGGGCGCCUGCAUCGCUCUGGUGUCCGUGCGCGUCUUCUACAAAAAGUGUCCUUUUCUUGUCCGCAACCUGGCCCUCUUCCCGGACACGAUAACUGGGUCGGACUCCUCACAGCUCCUGGAGGUGUCGGGGGCUUGUGUCAACAACUCGGUGGCUGAGGACGUACCCAGAAUGCACUGCAGCGCAGAAGGGGAGUGGCUGGUGCCCAUCGGGAGGUGUGUGUGCCAGGCGGGCUUUGAGGAAGUUAAUGGCUCCUGUCAAGUGUGCAAGCCCGGGUUCUACCGCUCGGCGCUGCAGACCCAGAGCUGCAGUAAGUGCCCCCCUCACAGCUUCACCCGCGUGGAGGCCUCCACCACCUGCCAGUGCGAAGCCGGAUACUACCGCCAGGACUCGGACCCCGCCAACAUGGCGUGCACAAAGCCUCCGUCGGCACCUCGCAACGCCAUCUCCAACGUGAACGAGACCAGCGUGCUCCUGGAGUGGACGCCGCCGGAGGAGACGGGCGGCCGCAAGGACCUGACCUACAGCAUCCUGUGCCGCAAGCUGGCCGGUGAGGCGCGUCCAGCGGAGCCGUGCGGGAGCCAUGUCCGCUACCUGCCGCAGCGCACCGGCCUGCGCAACAGCUCCGUCAUGGUGGCCGACCUGCUCGCCCACACCAACUACACCUUCGAGGUGGAGGCGGUCAACGGCGUGUCCGAGUUCCUGGCCCCGCUGCGCCAGUUCGUGUCGCUCAACGUCACCACCAACCAGGCUGCACCUUCGCCCAUCACCGUGGUGAAGAAAGGCCAAACGGGCAAAAACAGCAUCGCCUUGUCUUGGCAGGAGCCUGACCGCCCUAACGGCAUCAUCCUAGAAUACGAGAUCAAGUACUUUGAAAAGCCGUCACAGGAUCAGGAGACCAGCUACACCAUCAUCAAGUCGAAGGAGACGGCCAUCGUGGCGGACGGCCUGAAGCCCUCGUCUGCGUAUAUCUUCCAGAUCCGAGCUCGGACCUCCGCGGGGUACGGCGGCUUCAGCCGGCGCUUCGAGUUCGACACCAGCCCUUACCUAGCGGCGUCCAGUGAGCAGGGCCAGGUCCCCAUCAUCGCCGUGGCCGUGACCGUCGGAAUCAUCCUGCUCGCACUGGUCACCGGCUUCCUCCUCAGCGGACGACGUUGUGGCUACAGCAAGGCUAAACAGGACCCUGAGGAGGAGAAAAUGCACUUCCACAAUGGCCACAUCAAGUUCCCCGGGGUGCGCACAUACAUCGAUCCUCACACCUACGAGGACCCCAACCAGGCCGUCCACGAGUUUGCCAAAGAGAUUGAUGUAUCAUGCAUCACCAUCGAGAGAGUGAUCGGUGCCGGUGAGUUUGGAGAGGUGUGCUGUGGCCCUCUCAGGCUUCCUGGGAAGAGAGAGUUCCCGGUGGCCAUUAAGACGCUGAAGGCCGGCUACACUGAGAAGCAGAGGCGGGACUUCCUGGGAGAGGCCAGCAUCAUGGGGCAGUUCGACCACCCCAACAUUAUACACCUGGAGGGUGUGGUCACUAAGAGUAAACCUGUGAUGAUCAUAACGGAGUACAUGGAAAAUGGAUCUCUUGACACAUUCCUGAGGAAAAACGACGGGCAGUUCACGGUGAUCCAGUUGGUGGGGAUGCUGCGAGGCAUCGCGUCGGGCAUGCGCUACCUCUCCGACAUGGGCUACGUGCACCGCGACCUGGCCGCACGCAACAUCCUGGUCAACAGCAACCUGGUGUGCAAGGUGUCUGACUUCGGCCUGUCGCGCGUGCUGGAGGAUGACCCUGAGGCGGCCUACACCACGCGGGGCGGUAAGAUUCCCAUCCGGUGGACAGCACCUGAGGCCAUUGCCUACCGCAAGUUCACCUCGGCUAGCGACGUGUGGAGCUACGGCAUCGUCAUGUGGGAAGUGAUGUCGUACGGCGAGCGACCAUACUGGGAGAUGAGCAAUCAAGACGUGAUCAAGGCGGUUGAGGAGAACUACAGGCUGCCAGCACCCAUGGACUGUCCGACGGCGCUCUACCACCUCAUGAUGGACUGCUGGCAGAAGGACCGCAACAGCCGGCCCAAGUUUGAGGAGAUCGUCAGCCUGCUGGACAAGCUCAUCCGCAACCCUAGCAGCCUCAAGACCCUUGCCAACUGCUCCAACAGGGUGUCCAAUUUAUUAGUGGAGCAGGAGAGUGGCGAGUGUGCAGUCUACCGAUCUGUAGGGGAAUGGCUGGAGGCUGUGAAGAUGGGUCGAUACACAGAGCUGUUCAUGGAAAGUGGAUACACUUCAAUGGACGUGGUCACACAGAUGACCUUGGAUGACCUGAGGAGAGUGGGGGUGAAUCUCGCUGGGCACCAGAAGAAGAUCCUGAACAGCAUCCAGGAGAUGAGAGUUCAGAUGAUUAACGUGGCAGUGCCAAUCUGAUGCCAUGUCCCCGGCCACCCCCGCAGGACUGCGUAGCCUAGCACUUUUUACCACUGCGAACACAUAUUUAUUGAACAGAAAAGGGAACAAAAAGGGAAGUGGCUCGUUGGAAACGGAGGAACGAAAAUGGCGGACAGAUGGAGCAGCAGCUGCAGGGUUGUUAGCUCCUGGCUCCACUUUUGAGCGCUUUCAUGGUCUCUGUUUUUUCUUCUUCUUCUUCUUCUUCUUCUUCUUCUUCUUCUUCUUCUUCUUCUUUUUUCGGGGAGAGUAAGACGAUGCAUGGGCGAGAGACUUGGUGAAAAGUGUGGCACAUUCCCAGGCAAGGCAGCAGACUGCGUGCGCGUCAAGUGUUUCUGGGCUGAAUGUAUAGCACUUUUUUCAGACCUCAUUCAACGGAUCGAAUUACCUCCAGAACCACCUCAGAACCGAGGCCCGUCAUCCCGAGCUUCUCGGAUCAUUUCCACCUGAUAUCACUUGGAAGCUGAAGUCAUGCAGUACCAGUAUCUCAUAUCAUUUAAAUUUUUGUUUUGCGAAAUUACAGAAGAGAAACGUGUAUUGAAAAGCAAUAUUAGAAGUAACAGUAGACUUUGUAUGUGUUUUAUUUAACAGCAAGCAAUGGACACAUAAUAAUUCUCCCUUUUUUGCACAAAUAUGUGUCUUAACAUGGAGGACCUGAGCAGAAGAAGUUGCUUCCUGUAGGACAGAGAAGUACAACACUGUUUUAUUUAUAUAUCACUGGUGUUUUGUGUGUAAAUAGUGUACAGGGAAGAAGUACUAAGGGUCACAGUGCAUCCAUGACCAUGUUGAGUUUCGCUUCUUCUAACUGGGGACGUUAGCCAGUAGUGGACAGACCUAUCGUUACACAUGCUUAUGUACAGUCUAGUUACUUGUUAACUGCUAUCGCUUCUCAGAUUAGAGAUGAUCAUUUGACGAUGUGUGCUCUUCCAUGUGACAGUUCUGGCUCCUCUGCUUCAAGAUAUGUUGAUGAUGAAUCUGUUGUUAAUUAUUUAAGCUCUCUCAGAGUUCUGUGCUAACCGUGAUUUUAUCAUGUCAUGGAUUUGUUUUGUUUGUUUGUUUUCUUUCAUUUUAGUCUGUUCUAAUUUUGUGGAGACUUUGCUCAGUAUUUGUCAGAUGUGCAGAGUGUUGAGAACAUGGCGGCGUCAGUUUUACGCCGUGGCACAGACGAACACUCUCGAAAAGCAACAGUCCCUGUGCUGGCCCACACUCACUGCUCACAGUCGCCAUUUGAUCGAGUCUGAAACUGUUGGUCGUUGUGAACUCACCCUAUUGAGACUACAAAGCUCAGAGUGUGUACCUUUUUGGUAAUUGGCCUGUCCUGAAGAUACUUCAAGUAUUCCUGAAUGUUGAAGGUCAUUAUUUAGUGGUGGGGAUCCUUGUUUUGGCAUUGAGUAAGUUACUACAGCGUAUACCUCAAAGGUGAACCGGACAACCCAAGAGGAAUUAGUCAGUGAAGUGCCUCCGUUAACUCACUCAGAAUAUAACUCAUUCGAUCGAUUGCCCUUUAUUUCUGAGGAGUCUGAGAAUCAAUUCCAAGCAGCACUCUAUAGAGGACCUAACAUAUGAACAGCCUUGAAGACCAAACAGCAAUACGGGACGCGUUGAAUUAACUUGAAAUACAUUUGCUUAAAUAUAACUUAUUUAUAAGUGUGACAUCACCCAGGGUCCCUCACUUAAAGAUGACUAAUACUGGAAUGUGUAGACAGGCAUUAUACCAGUCAAAUUUUGUUUGAUUUGCACUUUAUUAAGUCUCUUGCCCAGUUCUUGUUUAAAUUAAAAAUUCAUAAAAUUAAACAGCACCGUAUUUCUUCUGUCCUAGUGUUUCUAUGAAUACAGCGGUGUAUAGUGUGACAGUUGUUUUCAGCAGAUUUUGCCUAAGAAGCCGUAGCCUGUUUAAGACCAGACCAACUCUCAUUGAUCCCGAUUCUGGAUUGAGAAUGGGUCUGGCCCUCUAUGCCCCUCAGGCUACAGAAGCUCCCAAACUCACCUUGUAAUUUGAUAUUACAGGAACACAAAACUAGAUGCCAUGUCUGAGUAGGAAUUGGAAAGACAAUGCAGUUUUUAAAAUCAGUAAUUGGUUAAAUGUAUGUUUUAUUUUAAGGGCAAUAUUCCCCAAUUGUAUUAACAAUUUUAUUUCAUUUACAGUGAAUCUGUAUUUUUCAGUUUAAACCUUUGAGAAAGUACACACAGUUUCCAUAUGGUUUGUUAACAAUUUAAAGUAGAAUUUACUCUAUUUAAUUUCUCUCUAAGCGGUGUCUAUUUAAAAAUUUCUACCAUGCGACAGUGUUAUUAGAGUGUACAAUACCAUUUACUCUAGACAUCAACAUUUGUAAACCAAGUUCACAAUCUUUACCAGUAUGGGAACAACAAACUUAUUGUGGUAACAUUGUCCAUGACAAAACUGUCACCCAGGUAAGGUCAGUGUUACUCUGUUGGAUGAAAACCCUUCAUAUGAACCCAUUUAGAUGCAUGACGACCAUGAAGUAACACAGCAGAGCAUAAAGCCACAGUAAACCACUGCCGGUAAAGUAAACCAGACGACCCUCAGUCAAUGCAACCCUUCAUUAGACCUGAUCAGUCUUUGAUCAGCACUACAUAAUAUUCUGUGUUCAUUUGUAGAUCCUCACAUACAAAAAAAUAAUGUGUUAAGAUGCAGUUGAUGCGUGGUUAAAACUAUGAUGAGUUACAGGAGUAACCGGUCAGCAAUCCCAGAGACAGUGAGGUGUUCCGUUUUGGAUUGUAAGAUAGAAUGUCCAUUGGGAGCAGGUUCCGUUGAAGUCGGUAUUGGGUAUGGAGUGGACACAGUCAUACAGGCCUACAGGGUUGGAUCAAAACCAGUAUAAAGAAGUAAUAAAGCACAGAAAAAAUAGCUGUUGUAGUAAUUGUGUGUCUUCCCUGAUGCUGUACGUUUUCUUUGUGUAUGUUUUUUUGUAGUGUAAUAUAUUAAAUUUUAUAUAUUUUUAAUAAAUGUGGUAAAAAACAAA